AUGCCGCUGACCAGGAGCAGACUCACCGCCGACGCUCUCGGCACGGUCAGCGCCGCCCUUUCCUGCCUGUUCAUAAUCACGGCCCUCCUCUGCGUCGCACACUCGGUCUACUUCCGCCGGUGCAUUAUCAGGAAACAACGGGUCCUCCCCCAGCUAGCCUACUUCAACGGCCCCUGGGCGACCCGGAUCGCCCUGAUCCUGAUCGCCAUCUGGUGGGCCGCUUGGGAGAUCGCCCGGCUGAGCCUGCUGAGAGGGAGAGGGAGGAUCCUCGCUGACCCAGCAUGGCAGAAGGGCUUCUGCAAGUACUACGUCCUCUCCAACAUGGGCUUUGCAGAGCCGGCCCUGUUCCUCAUUCUGGCCCUCCUCCUCCGCGCCUCUCUGCUCAAUGAGCCGGGCGCGCUGGGCCGGCGCUGGAACAGCAGGACCCUCUUCUGGGCUCUCCUCAUCUGCCUUCCCCUGUUCAUCCUCCACCUUGGGAUUUUGAUGAGCAGCAGCAGCAGCCAUGGCGUUGACCAGCUGCCCGCCUACUUCUGGAGCACCGCCUAUCCGGAUUUGACCGAUGAGAGGAGGGAGGGCGUUUACUUCUGCACUUACCCUUUACUGAGCACCGCUCUUGUGGGGUUGUACGAGGUCAUACUGGUGGUGUACGUUUCCUACAGGGGGGUUCUUCUGGUCUCUGCGGUGGUCAACAUUGGUCUCAAGAGGAGGGUCGGCGUGUUGCUGUUCUCGGUCGUCGCCUGUCUCCCUCUGAGGGUCGCCUUGCUGGGGAUCUCGGUUCUGCUGGCCCCGGGCAGCCCGGGUUUUGACGGCCUCGUCUUCUCGGCCUUCCUCACGCUGCUGUGGUGCGCUGCGGUGGCCGUGUGGGUGCUGGUCUAUCGCCCUGUAGCUGACUCUAUGGGAUUGAGGGGCCUCGCGGGAGCAGAACAAGACCACUGA